AUGCCCUUACGCAAGCUUCCUGACCGCCAUAUAACCACACCUUUUGACCGCCACGCCCCGCUCUCAUCAUCUACGCACCACCCAAACCUCAUCAUUUUCGUUCAAAACACUCCCCCCCCCCCCCAGUACCAUAGACCUCAAGCUCCCAUGUCGGACCACCACGUCUUUAACAUCGGUCUCGCCCUCGCAGGCGGCGCCACCCGCGGCGCCUACACCGCCGGAGUCCUCGACUUCAUCCUCCAAGCCCUGAGAGACUUCGAACAACAGCGUCUGGAAGACCCGGACUCAGUCCCGUCAUGGCGCGUAAAUCUCAAGACGAUCGCCGGGACCUCCGCCGGCGGCAUCACGGCUGCCAUCGCCAUGGCCGCCAUUGGUACCUCAAUUGAGCCCCUUUCCAGCGAGCUCCACCCUCCUGACCCGGAGAAUAACAAGUUCUAUGAUGUCUGGGUGAAACAGGUCAACUCUAAGGCCCUUUUCGACACCUCCGACCUAAACCCUGAAGCCGCCUUGAAGGAUAAGGACUAUGACAAUCCGGUCUGCUCGCUUCUUAACUCCAAAUUCCCUGCAGAACAAGCGGCUAAUGCCUUGCUGGAGAAAGGUGACUUGGUACCUCCACCGUCAUGGGCAAAAGACUUGCAGCUUUACAUCACCACCGGAAAUCUUAGAGGCGUUCCAUUCUGUGUUUCAAACUUCAGAGGGGCCGAUGACAGCCUUAGCGAUUUACGCAUGACCCGCCAUCGGGACUGGGUAGGCUUUAAAACCGGUCCAUCUAAGAUCACAGGGCUGCAACCCCUUGACCUGCACUCAAAAAGAGGAUCGAAGCAAUGGGAUGGUGUCCGCCAGGCGAUGCAAGCCACCGGUACUUUGCCAGCAAUUUUUCCGGUGGCCAAGGUAACGGCGCCUGUCUCGUCGUACACUAAAAAAUUUGGAAAGUGUGAAGCAGCUUGGCCAGCCGGAAUGCCGGCAGAGUUCUCGUACGAUGCUGUUGACGGUGCCAUCUUUCGUAAUACGCCGUUGGAGUUGGUGCGCAUGUCGAUGGAGGCCGCCGGAUCGGAUAAAGUCGUGUUAACAGAAAAAGUGGAAAAUGCUCAAGGAGCGGUGGUCCUGGUGGAUCCCUCUCCGUCGCGUCAGGUAUACGAGACGGACUAUUCUGAGCAAAAGUGCCAGUCGAUACCGGAAACUCUUCUCAGAGUUCUCUCAUCGUUAAUCCUCGACGCGAACUUCUUAGAUGAUGAAGCAGAUGCAGUCGAAAAUGUGAAUGACCUUUCGAGGUUCAUGAUCUCGCCCAUGCGCUCAGGCAGAGCAGGAAGGCAGGAAAUAUUGGCAACGGACACGUUACAUGGCUUUGGGGGGGUUAUCGGGGAGGCUCAGAGGAAGCACGAUUUCCAACUGGGGCGACGCAACGCGCAGCAGUUUUUGCGCUCUCACUUCGUCGUGCCAUUGGCAGGUGCCAAGUCAAACGACAUUUUUAAACAAGAUGCGGAACGAUUUGCCACAGAUAUGGGUGAGCGAGGCAAGGUUGUUCGAAUCCUGCCGCUAUUUAAAAGUGCCCAUCGCGAUUGUGCAACACCUGUAUGGCCGACGUUUAGAAAGGAAGCAAGGAAUAAGAGGAGAGAGGAACUGCAUGACGAGAUAACGGACCGCGUGAAGGUGGUGCUGACCAGCUUUGCAGUCAAUUGGGGGUUGUACAGGAGGGGUUGGUUUCCGUUUUCUGCAGUUCGAAAUUGGUUCGUCACAGUCGCAUUGGGCAACAUAUGCAAACAUAUUAUGAAACGCGUAGAUGUUGCCAUAGAAAAGGCUCUGAACAAUUUUUAAGCAAAAUGCACCAUAUUGUAUCGUCAUUCGUGGGCGAACCCUUCGAAGGGUACUGAGAGCAUCUCUACCACGGCUCUCGAUAUUCUAAUGACAAGUUUUCAUUCCGGUAAAUCUGUUGAGAAUUGGAGCAAUAGAGGUGCCCAAUAAAAUUUAAGCACUUGGCCAGAAAUUUUUGACUAGAGAAGUGAAUACGGUCACCGGGAA